AUGUCUCUGGUGAGGUCCAACUUGUUCCUGGACAUCGACUUCACUCUGCGCCGGCAGUUCAACAAGGAAUCAUUUAGACCAUUUCAGCGCGAGAUCAUACUCGCCGCGCUUGAAGGCUACGAUGUUUUUGUCCAGGCAGCGACUUCGUUUGGAAAGAGUCUUUGCUUCCAACUCCCGGCUGUGGUUGAUCGCGGAAUCACAAUUGUCAUAUCUCCGCUUCUGAGCCUCAUGAUGAACCAAGUAGAGGCACUUCGUGCUGCCAACGUAGAUGCACGCACGCUGAACAGCAACACGCCCAUGGCCGAGCGGGACUAUAUCUACCAGGACCUGGCUACGGGCCAUCCCCUGACGCGGCUGCUGUACGUGACCCCCGAGCUAUGCUCAGGCGAGCACUUCCGUAAGCGGCUGAAGCUGGUACACGAGCAGCAAGAGCUGGCGCGCAUUGCCGUCGACGAGGCACACUGCAUAUCGGAGUGGGGUCACGACUUCCGGAAGGACUUCAAGCGGCUGUCAUGGUUCCGCGAGACGUUCCCAGACGUGCCCAUCAUGUGCCUGACGGCGACAGCCAACGAGCUGGUGCGGCAGGAUGUGCUCUCGACGCUGGGGCUGGGGCAGCUCAACCGGGGCGGCGGCGGCGGCGGCGGCGGCGGCAGCCGGCUCAAGACCUUUACCACGACGGCACACCGACCCAAUCUUCACCUCGAGGUGCGCUUCACCAGCGACGAGGCCAACGAUCGGUACGACGACUUCGUGACAUGGCUACAGAACGUGUACGCGCGACGAACGGCCAACGAACGGCGGGCGGAGCUUGAAGCCGCUGGAGACCGCGUCGAUAAUGUACCCGGCAUCAUCUACACCAUCUCGCGCGAUGAGUGCGAGUCCUUGGCCGCGGCUCUACGCAAUGACGGCAUUGGCGCCCGCCCCUUCCACGCCAAGUUGUCUCGAGAGGCCAAGGAGGAGACACUGGCUCAGUGGAUUGCCGGGAAUCCUGGCUACGCCAUCAUCGUGGCUACGACGGCUUUCGGCAUGGGCAUCGAUAAGGACAACGUCCGCUUCGUCGUGCACUGGCGCCUGCCCAAGUCGUUUGAGGGAUAUUACCAAGAGGCGGGGCGCGCCGGCCGCGACGGCAAUGCUAGCUACUGCUUCCUGUACUACAGCCGCGAGGACCGCGAUCGCGUCUGCAACCUGGUGACGCGGGACGCUGGCGGCAAGGACGGGAGCGGAGCCCCCAUCAGUGCUAACGGGCGGGCGAGGCUUCAGAGCCUAAACAAGCUCGUCGCCUACUGCGAGAACACCAGCUCCUGCCGCCACGCUGCUGUCUGUGCCUAUUUUGGCGAGACGCAGGUCCCCGAGUGCGACUAUGCGUGCGACUGGCACAAGGACCCGCACGACCUCAAGAGAAGGAUGACGAAAGGCCUGGCCAGCGAGGAGUGGGUCAGCACACAGAGGGAGGAGGGCAGAUACGACGAGUACCACUGGAGCGAGUAA